GAAAAUCCCUUCCCGCUUUUCCAGCGUCCAUCCCGAGCUUUCCCAGCGGGAGGAGGAUGCGGGAAGCCGGGAAUACGGCGGGGGCGCAUCCCGCUAUUCCCGGGCUAUUCCCGGGUUGGUUUUUUGGGGUUUUUCCCGGAUUUUUCCCGGAUUUUUUCCCGGGUUUUGCGGAUCCCGGCGGGAAGGAGGAGCAGGGGAGGCAUCGCGACAUCUCUGGGGCUGGGCUGGGAGAGCUGGGAAAGCGCCUGGAAAAGCAGCCGGGAAUCCGCCGGGAAUCCGCCGGGAAAGGACCGGGAACAAUCCCGGGAAAACCCGGGAAUCGGCGGGGAAGGAACCGGGAAUUGUCCGGGAAGGAAUUCCGGGAAUCAGCCGGGAAAAAAAAAAAAAAAAACAAAAACACGGGAAGGAUUUUCAGGAAUCAGCCGUGACUCGGCCGGGAUUUAGCCGGGAAUUGGCCGGGAAGGAAUUUCGGGAAUUGGCCGGGAAGGAAUUUCGGGAAUUGGCCGGGAAGGAAUUUCGGGAAUCAGCCGGGAAUCGGCGGGGAAGGAACCGGGAAAGGAUUUUGGGAAUCGGCCGGGAAAGAGCCGGGAUUUGACCAGGAAAGAGCCGGGAAUUUGACCGGGAAUUGUCCGGGAAGGAAUUUCGGGAAUCAGCCGGGAAUCGGCGGGGAAAGAGCCGGGAUUUGACCGGGAAGGAAUUUCGGGAAAGGGCCUGGAUUUGACCGGGAAUCGGCCGGGAUUUGACCGGGAAGGAGCCGGGAUUCAGCCGGGAAUUUGACCGAGAUUGGACCGGGAAUUGUCCGGGAAGGAAUUUCGGGAAUCAGCCGGGAAGGAGCCGGGAUUUGACCAGGAAGGAGCCGGGAUUGAGCCGGGAAUUUGACGGGGAUUGGACCGGGAAUUGUCCGGGAAGGAAUUUCGGGAAUCAGCCGGGAAGGAGCCGGGAUUUGACCGGGAAGGAGCCGGGAUUUCACCAGGAAGGAGCCGGGAUUUCACCAGGAAGGAGCCGGGAUUCAGCCGGGAAUUUGACGGGGAUUGGACCGGGAAUUGUCCGGGAAGGAAUUUCGGGAUCCAGCCGCGCAUCCCAAUCCCCGCUGCGGGAAUUUUCCCGGGAAUCGCGGCGGCCGCAGAGCCGGGCGGGCGAUGCCUCCGGCGCCGCCGCUGCGCUGAGCAUCCCUCUUUUCCCCGCGGAAAACCGGGAAUUCCGCGCCAGGAUGCCGCGGAACCGCGCCUUCUCCGAGCCGGAAUUCUCGGCCGAGUACUCCGCCGACUAUUCCCUGAGCUUACCGUCCGAUCCCGACGGGAAUCUCCGCCGCUCCCGGGACUCGCCGGCCGCGCCGGGCUGGGCGCCGUGCCCGUGCCUGCCGCAUUCCCGGCGCUUUUCCUUCUCGCCGGAAUCCCUGGAAAACCUCUACCAGGCUUAUUUCCGCCGGCAGCGCCACGAGACCCUGCUGGUGCUGGUGGUCUUCUCCGCCCUCUUCGACUGCUACAUCCUGGGAAUGUGCGCGGCGUUCUCCCGCAUGGAAAAGCUCUUCCCGGCGCUGGCGGCGCUGGCCGGGCUGCUGGCGCACGGCGGCAUCUUCCUGCUCCUCAGAUCCCGGCUGCUCCCGGAGGAUUUUUCCCAGAGAUUCCUGCCCGGCGGGCUGUGGGCGCUGGCGGUGGCGCAGCUCUGGGGCUUGCUGGGCUGGGAAUUCCGCCGGAGCUUUCCCGAGGCGGCGGACGCGGCGGGCUGGCAGGCGAUGCUCGCCUUCUCCUGCUUCCUGACGCUGCCGCUGCGCCUGGCGCGGAUCCUGCUGCUGGCGGCCGCCUCCUGCGGCGGGCACGCGCUGCUCCUGGGAAUCCUGCAAUUCCAGAGGGGCCCCGGCGGCGCCGAGCCCGGCCAGCUGGCCAGGCAGCUGCUGUCCAACGUGGCGCUGUACGGCUGCGCGGUGGCGGUGGGCGCCAUGUCGUACGUGAUGGCCGACCGGAAGCACCGGAAGGCGUUCCUGGAGGCGCGGCAAUCCCUGGAGGUCAAACUCAACCUGGAGGAGCAGAGCCAGCAGCAGGAGCGGCUGAUGCUGUCCAUCCUGCCCAAGCACGUGGCCGACGAGAUGCUGAAGGACAUGAAGAAGGACCCGAGCCAGAAGGAGCUGCAGCAGUUCAACACCAUGUACAUGUACCGCCACGAGAACGUCAGCAUCCUGUUUGCGGACAUCGUGGGCUUCACGCAGCUCUCGUCGUCCUGCAGCGCCCAGGAGCUCGUCAAGCUCCUCAAUGAGCUCUUCGCCCGCUUCGACAAGCUGGCCGCCAAGCAUCACCAGCUGCGGAUCAAGAUCCUGGGGGAUUGCUACUACUGCAUCUGCGGGCUGCCGGAAUUCCGGGAGGACCACGCCGUGUGCUCCAUCCGGAUGGGGCUGGCCAUGGUGGAGGCCAUCGCCUCGGUGCGGGAGCGGACGCGCACGGCCGUGGACAUGCGCGUGGGCGUGCACAGCGGCGCCGUGCUGGGCGGCGUGCUGGGCCAGAAGCGCUGGCAGUACGACGUCUGGUCCACCGACGUCACCGUGGCCAACAAGAUGGAGGCGGGCGGCAUCCCCGGGCGCGUGCACAUCUCGCAGAGCACCGUGGACUGCCUGAAGGGCGAGUUCGAGGUGGAGCCGGGCGAGGGCGGCUCGCGCUGCGACUACCUGAGGGACAAGGGCAUCGUCACCUACCUGGUGGUGGUGCCCAAGCAGGGACUGCGGCACGGCGUCAACGGCGUGCAGAAGCUGUCCCUGACCUCGUCCCACGCCGUGUCCCCGGCCGCCGUCACCACCAACGGCAGCCUGAGCCCGGAGCCGCCCGAGGACGCCGAGCGCGGCCGCAGCAGCUCCGCCGAGCUCGACGACGACGACGACUCCGAGGCGCCCAACCCGUCGUUCCCGAACCCGCGGCGGCGGCUGCGGCUGCGGGACCUGGCGGAGCGCGUGGCGGGCGCGGCGCAGAACGAGCAGGAGCUGCACCGGCUGCUCAACGAGGCGCUGCUGGAGCGCGAGUCCAUCCAGGCGCUGAAGGGCAAGAGCACCUUCCGCCUGUCGCUGCGCUUCACCGACCCCGAGAUGGAGACGCGCUACUCGGUGGAGAAGGAGAAGCAGAGCGGAGCCGCCUUCAGCUGCUCCUGCGUCGUCCUCCUCUUCACCGCCCUGGUGGAGGCCGCCAUCGACCCCUGGCUGGUGACCAACUACGUGACGUUCGCGGUGGGCGAGGUGCUGCUGCUCGGGCUCACGCUCUGCUCCUUGGCCGCCGUCUUCCCCCGGGCUUUCCCCAAAAAGCUGGUGGCCUUCUCCACCUGGAUCGACCGCACGCGCUGGGCGCGCAACAGCUGGGCCAUGGCGGCCAUCGCCAUCGUCACCGCGGCCGACAUCGUGGACAUGCUCGCCUGCCGUCGCGACCGCUGGGUGGUGACCAACGGCACCUCGGGGCCACCCCGCGGCGGCGGCGGCUGCGCCGACCACCCCAAGUACUACAGCUACAUCGCCCUGCUGGCCCUGGUGGCCACCGUGAUGCUGGUCCAGGUCAGCCACAUGGUCAAGCUGACCCUCAUGGUGCUCAUCACCGCCGCCGCCGGCGCCGUCAACUUCUCCGCCUGGGAGCCCAUCUUCGACCAGUACGACCGGCGGCGCGGCCAGCACAGCUCGUCCGUGCUGGUUCCCUCCAAGUAUUCCAUGACCGCCAUGAUCUUCGUGGUGAUGCUCAGCUUCUACUACUUCUCGCGGCACGUGGAGAAGCUGGCCCGGACGCUGUUCCUGUGGAAGAUCGACGUCCACGACCAGAAGGAGCGCGUCUCUGAGAUGCGCCGCUGGAACGAGGCCCUGGUGGCCAACAUGCUGCCCGAGCACGUGGCCCGGCACUUCCUGGGCUCCAAAAAGCGGGAUGAGGAGCUGUACAGCCAGUCCUACGAGGAGAUCGGGGUGAUGUUCGCCUCGCUGCCCAACUUCGCCGACUUCUACACGGAGGAGAGCAUCAACAACGGCGGCAUCGAGUGCCUGCGCUUCCUCAACGAGAUCAUCUCCGACUUCGACGCGCUCCUGGACGAGCCCCAGUUCCGCUGCAUCACCAAGAUCAAGACCAUCGGCAGCACCUACAUGGCCGCCUCCGGAGUGACGCCCGACGCCGGCGCCAACGGAUUUGGAGCCAAGAAGGACCCGCGCCCGGAGAAGGAGCGCUGGCAGCACCUGGCCGACCUGGCCGACUUCGCGCUGGCCAUGAAGGUGACGCUGAUGAACAUCAACUACCAGUCCUUCAACAACUUCAUGCUGCGCAUAGGGAUGAACAAGGGGGCGGUGCUGGCCGGGGUCAUCGGGGCGCGCAAGCCCCACUACGACAUCUGGGGCAACACGGUCAACGUGGCCAGCAGGAUGGAGUCCACCGGAGUCAUGGGCAACAUCCAGGUGGUGGAGGAGACGCAGCAGAUCCUGAAGGAAUACGGGUUCCGCUUCGUCCGCCGCGGCGCCGUCUACGUCAAGGGCAAAGGGGAGCUCCUGACGUUUUUCCUGAAGGGCCGGGAAAAACCGGGAUCCUUCCCCGGAUCCACCGCCGUCCCCCUGCCCCACCAGGUGAUGGAGAAUUCCUGAGGAUUCUUCGGGAAUCUGCGCCGGGAUCCGGAACCCGACCCCCUCGGCACGGCCCCUUCCCGGAGGUUUUUUGGGGUUUUUUUGGGGUGGGGGUUUUUAUUCCGUGUGGAAAAGAGGGAGAGGCGGAUCCGGGUUCUUCCCGGGGUUUUCCCGCCGCGGGAAUUCCGGACUUGGAGCGGUGGCGGCAAUUCCAGGAGAUCCAAACUCAGGGAUGGUUGGGAAGACUCCGCGUCUCUUCCGCGUGCCGGGAGCGGGAGCAAAUCCGGGAUUUUUCUGAAAAUUCCUCCCGAAUUCGAGAGCUCGGGUCCGGCUUGGAUUUGGGGACGGACGGGAGUUGUGUAUUCCAGAUCCAUAAAUUUUAUCGGAGAA